UUUUCAUUUCACAUCCAACUCUCUUCUCCUACUUCUUCUCCUUCUGCUUCAGAAAAUCCAGUUCAGCCCCCUCUCUCUCUCUCUUUCUCUGUCUCUGUGCAAAGACGUCACUCACUGCAAACAACAAUUUUCAUGAUUCACCUCUUUCGAGUCGAGUUCGAAAGUGACUAACCUCAGCUCCAUAUCCCAUAUAUAUACACAUACGCUUACACAAUUCCACAAGCCCAGAAAGCUAUUCAACCUCAGAAGCUGCAAAAAAUGCCUUCUAAUCCUCACAAGUCCUCACUCCUGCUCCAUCGGAUCAACACCACCCCAACAAAUUCAACCACCGCUGCCUCCACAUCUGCCUGCCAGACGCGGUGGUCGCCUCUAUCGUGUGCCACCCUGAUCCCAGAAACUGUCGCACGCUAUCAUAACCAUGUUGUAGGUCCUAACCAGUGCUGCUCCUUCGAGGUACAGCAGAUCGCUGCCCCUGUCUCCAUUGUGUGGUCCGUAGUUCGACGAUUCGAUAACCCUCAAGCUUACAAGCACUUCGUGAAGAGUUGUCACGUAAUUGUCGGAGAUGGUAACGUGGGUACCCUCCGAGAGGUCCACGUUGUCUCUGGACUCCCUGCAGCUAAUAGCACGGAGCGACUGGAGAUCCUGGACGACGAACGUCAUGUUAUUAGCUUCAGCGUCGUUGGUGGGGAUCAUCGGCUUGCUAAUUACAGGUCGGUAACAACCCUCCAUCCUUCUCCCGCAGGUAACGGCACCGUACUGGUGGAGUCUUACGUGGUGGAUAUUCCUCCCGGCAACACGAAGGAGGAUACGUGUGUUUUUGUGGACACCAUCGUCCGGUGCAACCUGCAGUCACUGACGCAGAUCGCAGAGAACUUGGCCAGAAACAAUACAUCAUCAUCGUGAGUCAUGUAAUGUAAUAAACACACACAUCAUCGUCUUAUAGAAUAUGAAUUAUCAUAUGUAGAAUAUCCUAGUGUUAAAAAUGAGUUGGCUUUAAUUAUACAGCGUCGUUUUUGUAAGCAUCCGAUGUGAGUUUGCCAAUGAAACUUGAAACAGCUAGUGUUUUUUAUUUUUUUUCUUGUAAUAUUACUUAUUAUUUGUUGUCACUUUAAUUUAUUUGUUUAUUUUUUUUGUCA